AUGUCCAGCCCGACCAAAAAGCGCAAACGCAAUGGCGAUUCGCCGCAGAAAACUCGCAGUAUCGAAUCCUUCUUCAAGGGUCAAGCUACGAGGCCCAAUCCAGAGCAUGAGCCGGAGGUCACUGAUCAGACGCUUUCGGACGAAGCUUUAGCUCGUAAGCUCCAAGCUGAGUGGGAGCAAGAAGAAAACGCCCAGAAUUCACAUUUAGAUGGCGAUCAAGCUGUAUCAGCAGCAUCUGAGGCCAGCACAGCUCCAUCAGCGCUUUCAAUACCCGUGAAUACGACUCCAGAGGCUCCGGUGGUACCAAAGAAGGACACACUAUCAUUGCAAUCGUCUACUGGCACAGAAGAUACAGUCGCCCUUGCUGUUCCGUUUGAUCAAAAUCCGCAAACAUUCGAUGCGACCAAAUACGCCACCGAGUUGCGGUCGCGUUGGGCCAGCGCAGGCGGCGACGCUUCCUAUGCGUUACUGACAAGGGCAUUCGUCCUUGCCAAUGCUACGACUAGCCGAAUCAAGAUCGUCGAUACCCUUGUUAACUUUCUACGUGUCUUGAUCGAAGGAGAUCCGUCUAGUCUUCUUCCCGCUGUGUGGCUAGCAACCAAUUCCAUCUCUCCUCCAUACGACGAGUUAGAGCUAGGGCUGGGAGGUUCAUCUAUCUCCAAAGCUUUCAAGAAGAUCUACGGUCUUGAUAGUCAAGGCCUCAAGGCUCUCUACGAUAGACAUGGAGAUGCAGGCGAUGUUGCAUUCGAAGCUAAGAAGAGACAGAGUUUCACUCUGGUCAGGCCUAAGCCACUCAAGAUAAAGGGGGUUUACGAAUCACUUCUUAAGAUUGCUAAGAGCAAGGGCUCUGGCAGUCAAGAGACGAAACAACGAAUUGUCGAAAAGUUACUACAAGAUACCCGAGGUGCUGAAGAGAGCCGAUACAUUGUGCGGACUUUGGUACAGAACCUGCGGAUUGGCGCUGUUAAGACCACGAUGCUCAUUGCUCUUGCGCGUGCAUUUCUUUAUUCUCCGCCGGAGGGCGCUGAAUUAACGGUUCGACCGCAGAAGAAAUUGGCCAGCUUAAAAAAAGACCAGCUUGCUGAAAUAUACUCCAACGCCGAGGAGAUCGUCAAGGCAUCUUAUGCCAGACAUCCUAACUAUAACGAUCUCGUGCCAUGUCUUCUCGAGAUUGGUGUGACUGAUGAGCUAUUGAUUCGAUGUGGUCUGGCACUGCAUAUUCCACUCCGGCCAAUGUUAGGCAGUAUCACGAGAGAUCUCUCGGAUAUGUUGACGAAGCUUCAAGGAAGAGACUUCAGUUGUGAAUACAAGUAUGAUGGACAGCGAGCUCAGGUGCAUUGCGAUGAGCAAGGGAAGGUCUCUAUAUUUUCCCGCCAUCUCGAGCUCAUGACGGAGAAAUACCCAGACCUCGUGUCUCUGGUACCCCAGAUCCGAGGGGAAGGCGUAUCCAGUUUUAUUCUAGAAGGAGAAGUUGUCGCAGUAGACAGUGAGACCGGUGAUCUGCAGCCCUUCCAGACUCUUUCCAACCGCGCAAAGAAGAAUGUUGAAAUCGGAGCCAUCACCGUCAAUGUAUGCCUUUUCUCAUUUGACUUGAUGUACCUCAAUGGUGAGCCUCUGAUGGAUCGACCAUUCCGCGAGCGCCGAGAGCUCCUCCGCAGUCUAUUCGUCGCUAUCCCCAACAGAUUCACCUGGGUCAAGAGUCUAGAUGCGACAUCUGCGGAUUCCGAGUCCGUGUUGGAAUUUUUCAAAGGAGCCACAGACGCCAAAUGCGAAGGUAUCAUGGUCAAGGUCCUGGACAACACGAUCAAACCCAGCGCCAACCAAGACGAACCGGCUUCCAUCGCCGCCGAUCUAGACGCAGAAACUCCCGCUCCAACAGUAUCCGAAGCCAGCAGCACAAAACCAUCUAAAGAAAAACCCACCAGACGCAAGGCCCUCCUAUCAACCUACGAACCUGACAAACGCCUCGAAUCAUGGCUCAAAGUAAAAAAAGACUACAGCACCUCUUCCGAAACACUCGAUCUUAUCCCAAUAGCCGGAUGGCACGGUCAAGGCCGCAAAGCAAAGUGGUGGUCCCCGAUCCUCCUCGCAGUGCGCAACCCCGAAUCCGGAGCUCUAGAAGCCGUGACGAAAUGCAUGUCAGGCUUUACGGACAAAUUCUACCAAGCCAACAAAGAAAAGUAUGCCGAAGGCAGUCCCAAUGUGAUCUCGCGACCUGCUUAUGUCGAGUAUUACGGUUCGCCGGACGUGUGGUUUGAGCCGCAGGAGGUGUGGGAAAUGGCAUUUGCGGAUAUUACGCUUAGUCCAACGUAUACGGCUGCUAUUGGGUUGGUUAGUGAGGAGCGGGGGCUAAGCUUGCGGUUUCCGAGGUUUCUGAAGGUGCGGGAGGAUAAGGGGAUUGAUGAGGCGACGAGUUGUGAUUAUCUUGCGUUGCUUUGGAAGAAGCAGGCGGAGAAGGCGAAGGUUGAAGGGGUUGAGGAAGAACUUGGUUGGCAGGAAGAUUGA